AAGUUGUACCCUAAUUUCUCUUGAAAAAAGCUAACAACUUCUUCCCGGUGGCAAACACCAAUCAGACCAUGCCAUAACAAUGAAAAACAGGACCUCAAUCCUUCUUUAUCUUUUCUCUCAUGGCGGAGUUACCCAAAAACCUCUCGCCAAAACACCUCCUGAAACUCCUCAAAUCAGAAAAGAACCUAAACACAGCUCUGUGCCUCUUCGACUCAGCGAGUCAUCACCCAGGUUACACCCUCGAUGCCGUUGUCUUCCACCACAUCCUCCGACGGCUCACUGACCCAAAACUCGUCUCUCAGGUGACCCGAGUCGUCGAACUCAUACAAACUCGCAAAUGCAAGUGCACAGAGGACGUGGCAUUGACUGUGAUCAAGAUCUAUUCGAAAAAUUCAAUGGUCGAUAAAGCAAUGGAAGUUCUUCAGAAAAUGAGAGAAGUCUUUCAAUGCGAACCGGGGAUAAGAUCCUAUAAUGCAUUGCUCAAUGCUUUCGUUGUAUCUAAACAAUGGAAUCGAGCUGAGUUAUUUUUUAGGUACUUUGAAACCAUGGGUGUGUCGCCCAAUUUGGAAACCUACAAUGUUUUGCUCAAAAUUUCAUGUAAAAAGAAGCAAUUUGAUAAGGCAAUGGGGUUGUUGAACUGGAUGUGGGAUCGGGGUUUGAAGCCCGAUGUGUGUAGUUAUGGAACUUUGAUCAAUGGACUGGCCAAAAGUGGGGAAUUACUAAAAGCGUUGAAUAUGUUCGAUGAAAUGUUCGAGAGAAGGGUGAGUCCGGAUGUGAUGUGUUAUAAUAUUUUGAUUGAUGGGUUUUUCAAGAAAGGUGAUUUUUUGGGGGCUAAUGAGAUUUGGGAGAGGUUGAUCAAAGGAUCAUCGGCAUAUCCAAAUGUUGUUACUUAUAAUGUGAUGAUCAGUGGGUUGUGCAAGUGUGGGAAGUUUGACGAGAGUUUGGAAAUGUGGGAAAUGAUGAAGAAGAAUGAGAGGCAAAUGGAUUUGUUCACGUACAGUGCUUUGAUACAUGGGUUAUGUGAGUCAGUGAAUGUUGAUGGGGGUUUAAGAGUUUAUAAGCAAAUGAUUGAGAGUGGGGUGUCUCCUGAUGUGGUAGUAUAUAAUGCAUUGCUUAAAGGGUAUUGUGGAGUUGGGAGGAUUGAGGAGGGUUUUGAGUUGUGGGAUUUGAUGGGAAGGGAGGGUUGUCGAAAUGUUAUUAGUUUCAAUAUAUUGAUAGGAGGGCUGUUUAAGAACGGGAAGGUGGAGGAGGCUAUUUCAAUUUGGCAGCUCUUGCAGAGCAAUGGUUAUGUUGCGGAUUCAACAACUUAUGGAAUACUUGUUAAUGGAUUUUGUAAGACUGGGUACUUGACCAAGGCUUUAUGGGUCUUGAAGGAGGCAGAAGUUAGAGGAGAUGAUCUGGGUAUUUUUGCAUAUUCUUCAAUGAUCAAUGGGUUGUGUAGAGAAGGACGAUUAGAUGAAGCAGUUAUUAUGCUUGACCGAAUGGCUAAAUGUGGCUGUAAACCAAAUCCUCAUGUUUGCAAUGCGCUUCUCAAUGGGUUGAUCCGAGCUUCUAAAAUUGAGGAUGCAAUUCGGUUCUUUGGUGAAAUUACAACGAGGGGUUGCAUUCCAACUGUUGUCACCUAUAACAUUCUUAUUGAUGGAUUAUGCAAAGCAAAGAGGUUUAGUGAAGCCUAUAUCUUUGUGCAGGAAAUGCUUGCAAAAGGAUGGAAGCCAGACAUGGUUACAUAUAGCUUAUUGAUUGAUGGUCUUUGUGAAGACAAGAAUGUAGAUGCAGCUCUCAACUUGUGGGGUCAAGUGGUUAAUAAAGGUUUCAAGCCUGAUGUAACUAUGCAUAACAUCAUAAUUCAUGGGCUGUGCUCUGUUGGAAAAGUUGAAAAUGCUUUGCAGCUAUAUCUGAAUAUGAGUCAGUGGAACUGUGUCCCAAAUCUUGUAACCCACAACACACUAAUGAAGGGAUUUUACAAAAUUAGAGACUGCAAAAAGGCAUUAGUGAUUUGGGCCUGUAUUUUUAGACAUGGGCUUCAACCAGACAUCAUUUCCUAUAAUAUCGCUCUGAAAGGGCUUUGUUCUUGUAACAGAAUACCGGAUGCCAUUGGGUUCUUCAAUAUUGCUUUGAGUAAGGGUCUUGCUCCAACUCUUAUUACAUGGGACAUACUUGUCAGAGCAGUUCUCAGGGCUGCAGUUCCAGUGUGACCCUUUCACGUUAAAUAUGGGAAGAGUAAAAAUUCUUUGGCACCUCCUCUAGCCAAAAGAAUUGCUGCAACCAGUGUCCUAUGUGUCCGGUAUUUGAAACUAAAAGAUACCUCGCCUUUCUGAUGCUACUGAGCAGAUGGAGGAGGAAUUGUUGCAGUUUGGUUUCCAUGGCCUUGCAUUUGCCCUAUUAGCUAAAGACCUCUUUGACUUGGCACAAGGGUAAGUUUCCUAUAAAAUUAAUGUCACUUGCUUGUCUCAACAAAUCCUAGUUUUAUAGCUGAUUUAAUUCCGUUCUGGACUUUUCCCUUUUUCACUUGUGCUAUUUUAGUGUUACUAUUGUGAUUAGAUAUCACUAGUUCAGAACAAAUUUUGUGCCAUGAUCCAUUACUAACUAAGCAAUGACAACGAUGAGGCAAACGUACCAGUACAUUUUCCAUUCAACAGCCAAGGACCUACCGAGUGCUUUGAGCUGCCCAUAGCAACAACAUGAUGCUUAUUCUGGUAUUUUACUACUAAACUGCUGAAUUUGUAUUUGACAACAUGAUUGCUUAUUCUGGUAUUUUCCUACUAAACUGCUGCAUUUGUAUGUAACACCAUAUUGUUUAGCCCCCAAAUAUCUUGUAUCUGAUACCAGGAACAAGUUUCAUUGACUCAGGAGAAAGCAUCAUGCUUUUACUUUCCAGUUUGUUGUGUUAAUAGAAAGUGUAGGGAAGCUAGCCUUACCUAGUACAGCUUGUCUAUCCCAAAGGAAAGCAACUGAAAUGGAAGUAUAGGGAAUCUAAAUUUGUAAACAAAACGCUAUAGUUUAUUCAAUCCAUGAGCAAACUGAUGAUGCAAAUGUUUUGAGUUAUGUCUUCUGUUCAAUGUAGUGGAUAAAAAGUUCAUUGUAAAGCAUCUGAUUCAACAUGGGUUUUGGUGGUUUGAGUGAUAUCACCAUGAAUGGAUGAUGAUGCAAAAGCGAAGUAGCUUGAUGUAUUAGCCUCAAGUAGUAUGAUUUUACUUGGGGUUAUAACUCAUGCUACAUUUAUACUUGGUUGAAAGUGCCAUGGCCAACUUCAGUGAGGACAUACAAAACAAAAAACUUCACUCUUCUCUUAUUUUUCUCUUGCUGAGUGUUUUGUGUUUACUUAUAAAUUCCUAUGCUCGUACGUGACUUGAGAAAGCAAACCCCAAAAAUGACGCAAGUGGCCUUUUGCCAAUCAGAUGAUGAAGAGACCAAGGAAUCAACAACCCCCAAAACCACCACACCAACUGUUGCAAGGUACUUGUUCCUCCUAGUUUUUUUUUUGUUUUAAGUCUUGUUCCUCCUAGUUAUUUUGUUAUCAAUCCAGAAUUUUUUUUGUAAAGCUGUUCUCCAUCUCCUCCUCAGCUUUUACUUUUUCAAUGGGUUCUGUUUUCCUCGAGUUUUUGACUUCGGUCCUCAUUAUGACGUUCAAACUCUGCUAGGUGCUUAGUGCUAACUGCUUCUCUUUCUUGUCAUCCUUCAGUUUGUUCAACUCUACUGAUUCUUCAAAGGUUUGCAUCCGGCUGUCUAUAUUCUCCAUUAUGUGCUCAUAGAAGACGAAAUAGAUAAGGAGUUGAACAGUCCUGACACCAGCUUCAUCGAGUUCUUUGAGCAUUCUCGUCUAUCUGGUGAAUCUUAGUAAUGGCUUCUUCAGCACUCUGGCUUCAAGUAUGAAGAAUGCUCGUUUAAGUAAUCCAUGAGGCGAAUUUUUAUUUGCUUCAGGCACUUUUUUGUGAUUGAAGCAUUGUAAUUCUAGCGAACAAUUCCUGCCUGAGUAUCUCCUUCAGGCCGUGGGGCUUCUGAAUCCUAAUCAUUUGCUUUGCAGAGGAAUAGGCUGGAGUUCUUCUUGGAGUUCACUUUUCUGUAAAAGAGGGCAUUGUUGCUGGGAGUUGAAGAAGUUUGAAUUGCUUCGAGGAAAAUCAUUUCUUCGGCUGUGUGCGUGAGAGAGAGCAUACAAGAGAAGUGUUUUAAACCUCUCAUUGGAUGUACAAUUCCUAUUCUUGGAUAUUAUUGACGAUGCACAAAAUGUAUUUAUGCACCACCUGUCAAUUAUUUAAUGCAGUAAUUAAGAAGGAAACUUAACACAAGUAAAUACAAAUUAUAUGGUUCGGUCAAGGUGACUAACUUCACAAUUAAGGGUUUCGUUGACCUGAGUGUUUUAUUGUUUAAGGAGUAUAUAGUAUUCAAAUGUGAGCGAUGCUUUU